GUGGCCGCAUCGGUGCUGGCUAGCCCAUCAGGAAUGGCAGUUUGGACCAGAGCUGAUAAGAACGGUCAGCUGGAUCUACUUCUCCGCGACCGCUGGAUCCGAGUUUCGGCCGAACUUAGCCGCGAAUCGCUGACUUUAGCCGCCGAGGCGGAGGGAAUCACACAGGGGGCGAACCCGUGGGGCCACAGCGCUGCUCCCGAUGAUCUGAGAAAUGGCAUAUCGAACGGAAACGAGCUGGGAACGAAGUCACGGAACACUGGUCGCGGUCUAUCUUCUGGCCACGACCACUUUCAGAAAGGGUGCAGCAGCCCCGAUCGCGUGGGUGCAUACGACGGCCCCUACGGAUUAGGCAGCCCCGGGAAGUACUCCAACAACGCCGCAAACUCGGACUUUGGAAGUCCCGCUUCGAGCUACGGGAGUCCCGGCUCGAGUUCGGGCUCGAGGCACGGCGAGGUCUGUGCGGACAUCUGCGCGGAGGCUGUGCGAAAGGUCCGAGUUGUCAAACAGGAGUCUGGCGGGCUAGGCAUCAGUAUCAAAGGGGGGCGCGAGAAUCGGAUGCCGAUCCUCAUCUCCAAGAUCUUCCCGGGGCUCGCGGCGGACCAAAGUCGCGCGCUCCGCGUGGGCGACGCCAUCCUGUCGGUGAACGGUAACGACCUCCGGGAGGCGACGCACGACCUGGCGGUGCAGGCCCUUAAGAAGGCUGGAAAACAAGUGACGCUCGAGGUGAAAUACAUUCGUGAGGUAUCUCCACUAUUCAAGAAGCAUUCGCUGGUGGCUGACUUGCCAUGGAAUGGUGUUCGGCCACAGUCUCCCAGCUACAAUGACAGUGAGGAUUCUGGAUCUCCUAAACACAGCUCCUCCACAGAUAGGAAGGUCAUCAGCUUAAAGAUGUGCUUCAUCAGUCGGAACCUAACCAUGCCAGACCUGGAGAACAGACUUUUGGAACUGCAUUCCCCCGAUGGUCAGCACACAGUGGUACUUCGCUGUAAAGAUGCCCCCACAGCCAACUCCUGGUUCACUGCCAUCCACACCAACAUUGCGGCCCUCCUCCCGCAGACCCUGGCUCACAUCAAUGCCUACCUGGGGGCUUCUGCCUCAGCUUCCUCACAGCCUCACCUCAAGCACAUAGGAUGGCUGGCUGAACAGGUCCAGCUAGAAGGUGGACGACAGCAGCACAGACCUGUUGUCAUGGCACUUACAGAAAAGGACAUACUGCUCUUUGAAUCUGUGCCAUGGGGUAGAGAAUUGUGGGCAUUGCCUUUGCUCACACACCCGCUGCUUGCUACAAGACUGGUGCAUUCUGGCAGUGCCCGUGGUUCUCCUGCUCAGAGCUCUGACCUGGUGUUUGCCACUCGGACUGGCACAGGGCGGGGCAUCGAAUCACACAUCUUUCGUGUGGAGACCCACUGGGAUCUGUCUUCAUGGACAAGGGCACUUGUGCAAGGUGCACAUGCUGCAGCAGAACUCAUCAAAGAAGUCUCUAUUGGCUGCACAUUGAACAGACAAGAUGUUCGACUGACUCUGCACUAUGAGAAGGGCUUUACUGUGGUAAGAGAGCCAGCCGACCCAUCCAACGGAGCUGUACUCUUCAGAUACCCGUAUGAAAAACUGAAAAUGUCUGCUGAUGACGGAAUACGCAACCUUUACCUUGAUUUUGGUGGUCCAGAAGGAGAAAUGGUAUUUGACCUUCACUCGGGUCCAAAGCCAGUUGUGUUUGUCCUUCAUGCUUUUCUCUCGGCAAAGCUUACUCGUAUGGGCUUACUCACAUGA